GAUUGCGAUGUAUAUAAGAAGAAUCGCCAAGCCACUAUAGACAUCUUCGUUUCCUUGCUACUGAUUAUCAGCGCAUUAUAACUUCAUCAUUCAAUUAGCUAAGUAAUAUUAAACCCCAUAACUACAUUUUAUCGUGUGUAUUGAAAUCUUGCUUGGAAUAAAUAACAGGUUAGUUGGAGGGUGGUUAUGGAGGGUUCACCAGCCGGUAAGGAGACCGGAGCCGAAGACGGCUCAGUCGAUGCUGGGACGAGGGGGUCACGAAUAGGCGAGGACGAGGGACUGGAAAAAUGUGACAGUCGCGAGUAUAAGUCGGAGUCCAGCAGCAGCUUAGACACUGCUGGCAACAGCAUUCCCCACGAACCACUCGAUACUUCCGGACGGCCAGUUUCGCGGGCCCUGUCGCGAACUAUAUCUGAGGUUCGAGAUGGGAUCGAAUCGAGGCGGGAUCUGGAAGAGGGACAACUCACCGACGACGAGGAAAACACCGCUGCUGCUACUGCGGCAGACACCAGCGACCCUGAUCUGGUGACUUGGAACGGCUCCGACGACCCUGAAAACCCAAAGAACUGGCCGUUCCCCAAGAAAUGGGGUGUCGUCUUCAUCGUGUCCAUGUUCACUUUCGUCUCGCCCGUCUCCUCGUCUAUGGUGGCUCCGAGCUUGACUACAAUCGGCGCUGAGUUGGGAAUUCCAGAAGGCUUCCGGCAGAACCUCAUCCUAUCGAUAUUCAUCCUCGCUUACGCCAUUGGACCCAUGGUCUGGGGUCCGCUCGCAGAGAUUUACGGCAGAGUAUCUGUGCUACAGUACUCUAAUCUUGGGUUCUUCGCCUUCUCUUUAGGCUGUGGCUUCGCGCGUACUCAAGGGCAAAUCAUCGCCUUCCGCUUCCUCUCGGGUCUAGGUGGAUCUGCCACUCUUGCUAUUGGCGGCGGUGUCCUCAGUGAUCUUUUCGUUGCUGAACAGCGUGGCCGCGCUAUAUCACUAUACAGCUUAGCUCCCCUCCUAGGCCCAUCCGUCGGUCCUAUCGCUGGUGCUUUCAUUACCGAGAACACGACGUGGCGCUGGGCCUUCUGGGCUGUUAGCAUUGCCGAUGCCAUCAUCCAGGGAGCUGGCCUAUUUUUCCUACGUGAGACUUAUGCCCCAAUACUCCUGAACCGCAAGCGCCAGCGACUCAUCGCCGAAACUGGGAAUACCGCCCUGCACACCCCUUACGAUGAUGCCAAAUCUGACAGCAGAAGCUUUUCGACGGUUUUCCGCACUGCUCUGACCAGGCCUUUCCGGUUGCUCGCCACUCAGGUCAUCGUCCAGUGUAUUGCGUUAUAUAUUAUGUACGUCUACGGACUUAUGUACCUGCUGUUAGCAUCGUUCCCUUCGCUCUUCACCGCCCCACCACCCGCUGGUUACGGUAUGUCUAUAGGGAUGGGCGGCUUGAAUUACAUCAGCUUAGGCCUAGGAUUCUUCGUCGGUGCGCAAACCACCGCUCCUCUACAGGAUCGGAUCUACGCCGCGCUCAAGCGACGAUAUGGUGUCGGCAAGCCCGAGCAUAGAGUUCCUAUGAUAAUCCCCGGCUCCAUCUUCAUCCCCGUUGGACUAUUCAUCUACGGCUGGACGGCCGAGUAUAAAACACACUGGAUCGGCCCCAAUAUCGGCACCUUCAUCUUCGCUAUCGGAGCUAUCAUCUGUUUCCAGUCUCUGCAGGCGUUCGUGGUCGAUUCAUACCAACGGUAUGCCGCGAGCGCUGUCGGUGCCGCCACCGUGCUACGAUCUCUAGCCGGCUUUGGCUUUCCGCUCUUCGCACCCUAUUUAUAUAACCGGCUGGGUUAUGGCUGGGGUAACUCCCUGAUGGCAUUCCUCGGUAUUGCGAUAGGUUGGCCUUCGCCAAUAUUAUUAUGGAAAUAUGGCGAAGUGCUGAGGAAGAGGAGCCCAUUCGCUGCGGGCGGUUAGCGCAAUUAUGUAGCAAGAACCUAUUACGGAGGACAGUGAUCGAUAUUUAGACGAUGGGAACAAGCGUUAGGUGUAAUGUUAAUUCACCUAGACAAUCAAUCGCGUCUGCGAAGAGAUUGUACAUAUUAACGACACAGGCAAUCAUUAUGUUAUGUACCUAGGUAGCAAUAAGUGAUACGGUUCCCAUCUCAGCAACUCGUGAAUUUUUUUUCGUAGCUAGA